GUCUCUUCAAUGAGUGAGAGGGGGAUAAACAACUAUUCAGAAGUGAAUGAAUUCAUUCUCAUAGGCUUCCAGGUCCGCCCAGAGCUCCAAAUCCUCCUUUUCUUCAUAUUUCUGCUUACCUAUAGCAUGGUCCUUCUGGGGAACAUUGGUAUGAUUGUCCUCAUCCUGACUGCUUCCCGGCUGAACACACCAAUGUAUUUCUUCCUAGGCAAUCUCUCUUUUAUUGAUCUUUCCUACUCUUCUGCUGUGGCACCCAAAGCCAUAGCCAACUUCUUAUCUGACAGUAAAACCAUCUCCUUUGCAGGCUGUGUGGCCCAGCUCUUCUUCUUUGCUCUCUUUAUUGUGACAGAGGGCUUUCUCUUGGCAGCUAUGGCCUAUGAUCGCUUCAUAGCCAUCUGUUCUCCACUCUUGUAUUCUGCCCAGAUGUCAAGACACCUCUGCAUCCGACUGGUGGCAGGAUGCUACUUUUGUGGCUGUAUCACGUCCAUCCUUCAAGUUAGCAUUACCUUCACUAUGUCCUUCUGUGCAUCUCAUGUUAUUGACCUUUUUUACUGUGAUGUCCGACCACUGCAGAAGAUCUCAUGUUCCAAUGUCUUUAUUAACAAGAUGUUAUCAUAUUCCUUGUCUGUCAUCAUCAUUUUGCCCAGCAUCAUAGUCAUCAUGGUGUCCUACAUCUAUAUUUUGUCUACUAUUCUGAAGAUUCAUUCCACUGAAGGACAAAUGAAAGCAUUUUCCACCUGUGGAUCCCACCUGAUGGUCGUGAGUUUACUCUAUGGGACAGUUUCUUUUAUGUACCUCACACCUGCCAGUAACCCAGAACUGGGUAAAGUGGCCUCUGUGUGUUACACCAUUGUCACUCCUAUGUUGAACCCUUUGAUUUAUUCUCUAAGAAACAAGGAUGUCAAAGAAGCUCUGAGAAGUAUGCUAUGGGGGAAAAAAGGGACUUUGGGGAGGCGGGUAGGUGGGCCUUCACUCCUGGUUUUCUUUGGGGGUCCUUGUGCCCUGUUUCAGGGUGUCUAUGCCCUGUGGGCCUUUGAGCCUGAUUUUCUUUGGGGUUCCCUGCACCCUGGUUUCAAGGUCUCAUUUUCUAGUACAUGCAGCUCGAAAUUCCCAGGAGGAUGGGAAUGGAGAGCUGGACUGCUUAAGGCUUAUCUGAUAAGUCUCAAAGGUAAAAGAGAUAAGGAACUACAGCUCUUCUCCAGCCGAGACUGGAAGGCUGCAGACCCGGCCACCCCGAGCCCCACCAGCAAGGGCACUAAGAUAGGGGCUGCCCUUCUGGAGCGGGGUAGGCCAAAGUCUUCGGUGGCCCCCUCCUCGGAAUACACAUACACCUGUGGGAACACCCUAACUAUCACACAGAUCUCAGCACAGCCAGCAGGCGGUAGUGACAUUGGGGUCGGAGGAAUUCAAGAAUGCAUGGACCGCAGUAAGGGUGUCAAGUAUGGAGGCCCCAGGGGCACCGGGUGUUUCCAGAGUCGCCAACCCUGGUGUAGCCGAGGGCUCAGCAGACGGAAUCAGGUCUAUCUUGGCCCGUGGGUUGAGGACAGGGUUGGGACCUAUGGGAAGGGGCUGAACGGGUAG